CAGUUAGGGACGGAGAGUUUUGAGCCAAUUCAGCAACAGACAUCACAGUUGGAGAGAUUUUGGAAAGGGUUGGGGGGCUCAGCUCAGCAAGACAAGUGUGGACAGAGGUGACUCCCAGAGUGUGCAGAAAUAAGGCAGGGAUGUACAGCUUCAUGGGUGGAGGCCUCUUCUGUGCCUCCGUGGGGAACGUGCUCCUGGUGGUGUCCACAGUGACCGACUAUUGGAUGCAGUACCGGCUUGCUGGCGCCUUCGCUCACCAGGGGCUCUGGCGGUUCUGCUUCCCAAGCAAAUGCUACAUGCAGAUGGAGAGCAUUGCCUUAUUCCCUGCAGCCUACUGGAACUCCAUCCGGGCCUUCAUGAUCCUUUCCGCUCUCACUUGUUUUGCCGGCAUCAUUACGGGGAUUCUCUCCUUCGCCCAGCUCUCCACUUUCCAGCGCUUCAACAGGUCCUUCGUGGCUGGCAUCCUGUUCUUUGUUUCCACAUUGUUCAUCCUUCUAGCUAUGGGGAUUUACACCGGAGUCACCGUCAGCUUCCUGGGCAAACGGUUUGGCGAGUGGCGCUUCUCCUGGUCCUAUAUCUUGGGCUGGGUUGCCCUCUUGUUGACUUUCUUUGCAGGUAUCUUUUACAUGUGUGCCUACAGGAUGCACAAAUGCCAACGUCUGGCUGGGAUCUGCUAAGUUUACAGAACUCACUAAAGUACAGCAACGUUUAAAACACCCAUCUGAAAAGCCAGGGACAUGGAAAUGGGUGGAAAUGCAUCCAUAAGAAACACUGAUCGUUCAAGACAAAGACAGCCCUUGACCUGUUUUCUGGUGUUGUGUGGAAGCAAACAGCAUCGUCUGGUAGUCCGUGAAUCCAGUGUCAUGCCAUCCGUUGUAUGCACUGGGUGAUACUGUGAACUGCCUUAUUCCUUAUGCUUGUCUGUAAUAUACUACACUUGAUCUUAGCCAAAAGGCCGAGAACCGAUAGUGUCUGCAAUAUAAGAAUAAUAAUAUUGACCUACCUUAUAGGAUCACUGUAAGGCACUGCAUAUCAAGUGCUUGGAGAAAGUGUUCCCAAAAUGAGAAUGACUGUGACUGCCGGGAAGGAUGCUGGAAGCACAGAGCUUUUGAGCUAUUUAAAAGAUGUUACCAUAACUACAAAUGCUUGUAAUUUUU